ACUGUUCUAGCAGUAAACCUUACAAAUAUUUGUAACUUGUUCUAAGGAAAUAUGACAAGUCCCUUCAUUGUGUAGGAUGCAAAAAUUUUUACUUAAGUUUCCUCCAUCUUAGGCCUGUUUCAGAUGAUAUAUUUGGAGAACAUACAAACCUAGGCACCACAGUGUUGUAACUUUGUGUAUUAUACAGAUAUUGAAGUUGCGAGAAUAGUAUAGUUCAAGGCUUCUUGUACACGUGAAAGACUUGUUUGGUACCAUUUAUAAAUUAUUCUGCACAAAUCAGUUACUAAGUAUUUUAAAAGCUGGUUUUUAAAAAUAGAUGUCUUAUUGCAUAGACUGGAGCUGCAAUCCCAUGAACAGUUACCUGAGAAUAAAUUAGAGCUAACCAAGUAAAUUUGAACAGGAUUGAUGACUGAAGGGUAAGAAAACUUCAUAAGGUCGUAGUUAUAGAACUAUUAAGGAUACCAUGAUGGUUUUUACAUUUUCUACCAAUCUUUUCAGUAAGGAGUCAACAUCACUCAAAAGUAGAGAUGUAAUAAGGAUUCUGUUAGUACUUUGCAGAGAGAUGUUUGUUGCAGCAAAUCUUGUGGCAUCUUAAAAAUUGGAAUAAGCUCUGGCUGAUUAAAUCUAGUUUAUCAAAUUAAGCUGAUACAUAAGGUUCCUUUUAACACUGUUUCAGCUAUGAAUCUGAGUCCUGUAUGAGUCCUGUACCUUUAAAAGGGCUUCGGCACUGCACUUAGGUUUUAUGAAGCAUCCCAGCAUUCUUGUCCCACAAUAAGUAAGCAGUUAUGCAGUAUGAAUUUGAUUUCAUUUGCAACAGUGGAAUAUGCUGCAAUGCAAUCGAAUAAAAAUCCUUACCCUACAAAUGUGUACUGGGAAACGCUCACUGAAUACAGUAGCGUUUAUGUCCUAGUAAGUGUAUUUAAGAUUGCAACAGCCGACUUGUUCUAGUUUUCCUAGUAACUGUUAUGCAUAGAGUGAAAAUCUGUUUUGCUCUUUUGCAGUUUCCUUCCACUUGGGAUAUUCCAUAUGCUGAUAUGGUGAUUUCAGAGUGGCUCUCAUUACAGGUGAACAGAGGCUAGCAGGAACAACCUGAUAAGGGCCCAUUUCCAGACAGACGUGAAUGAUGCCAGAACUAUGACAGGGGCUGCAGUCUUGGCACUGAAGGGAGGUGAUCAGUUAUGGAACAGUCAAAAGAGGAAGUACCUGAAGUCAGGGAAGAAGAGGAGGAAAAGGAAGAGACAGCGAUGGCAAUCUUUCCCAGAGUUCUUCUCCUUCUCUGUUGGACCAACUCCAGAUGGGCUGUGAUGAGGCAAAUUCAGGAAGUCUAAAUGUGGAGUGCAGGGUCUGUGGUGACAAGGCAUCAGGGUUUCAUUAUGGAGUACAUGCAUGUGAAGGCUGUAAGGGCUUCUUUCGUCGAACGAUCCGUAUGAAGCUGGAGUAUGAGAAAUGUGAGCGGAACUGUAAAAUUCAGAAGAAGAACAGAAACAAGUGCCAGUACUGCCGCUUUCAGAAAUGCCUUUCUUUAGGCAUGUCACACAAUGCUAUUCGUUUUGGCCGCAUGCCAGAAGCUGAAAAAAGGAAGUUAGUGGCAGGACUGACAGCUACUGAAAUCAGCUGCCAGAACCAGCAGGUGGCUGAUCUGAAAGUCUUUUCCAAGCACAUCUACAAUGCCUACCUGAAAAAUUUCAACAUGACCAAAAAGAAAGCACGAGGCAUCUUAACUGGAAAAGCGAGUAGCACCCCACCUUUUGUGAUUCAUGACAUGGAUACCCUAUGGCAAGCUGAAAAGGGUCUGGUGUGGAAACAACUGAUAAAUGGGAUGCCACCAUACAAAGAGAUUGGUGUUCAUGUUUUUUACCGCUGCCAGUGUACAUCAGUGGAAACCGUGCGGGAGCUCACUGAAUUUGCCAAGAGCAUUCCUAGCUUCAUCAGCCUUUACCUUAAUGAUCAAGUAACUCUCUUGAAAUAUGGGGUACAUGAAGCCAUCUUUGCCAUGCUUGCCUCUAUCAUGAAUAAGGAUGGACUCCUGGUGGCCAAUGGGAAUGGUUUUGUGACACGUGAGUUCUUGCGCAGCUUGCGCAAGCCCUUCAGUGAAAUCAUGGAGCCCAAAUUUGAGUUUGCUGUGAAGUUCAAUGCCCUGGAGCUAGAUGACACUGACUUGUCUCUGUUUGUAGCUGCCAUCAUCCUGUGUGGAGACCGCCCUGGCUUAAUGAAUGUUAAACAAGUAGAGAAGAUACAAGACAAUAUUCUCCAAGCUCUUGAGUUCCACCUACAAGCUAAUCAUCCACAUACUCAAUACCUCUUUCCUAAGUUGCUGCAAAAAAUGGCUGACUUGAGACAGUUAGUGACUGAGAAUGCACAGCUGGUGCAGAAGAUCAAAAAGACAGAGACAGAGACUUCUCUGCACCCUCUCUUGCAGGAAAUCUACAAGGACAUGUACUGAGGAGCUUAUAUUUAUCAGAGAUAGGUGAAAGCCAUGGAAUCCAGCAAAUGCUUGUACAUUAGCAAAGAAAUCCCUGCGUCUUCCAUUCCUUCUACUGGAAUUGCAUUGCCAGAUGAUUGCUGUAUGCUGUACAUAGGGGCUUACAGUAGAAAUCAUGGAAUUUACCAUAUGGUAUAGACCAGAGGGCUUCCGUUAACAUACACUAAAUGAAACUUAAUUCAUUGCUACAGUUCAGCUCUUGGAGCAGCUGAUGUAUUUACACACACCCUACAAAUGUGCUUGAAUUGUUCUAGUGGAUAACGUGAAUUGUGCCCAGAUUAUUAAAGCAAGCAGUACCUUAAAUGACAGGUACAGAAAUAGCACUUACAUCAUAAUCCUGUUACAUAAUAUUUUUAUAUUGCACUCUGAAAUUUUGGCUGGCCCUAAGUAUAAAUUAUAGAAUGUUACAAAGAAACUAUGUGGGUGUAUAAAUUUCCCAAAGAAACAUCCAAGUGUUUCAUGAGGAGCAUGAAUACUCCUUGUGGAGACUCUUUCAUUGGAAAGGCCUUUCCUCUUCAACCUCAGUGCACAAAAAUGGACAUGUCUUCUGGCUGAAAGGCCUGUCCUCCACAUGGGUUUCUACAUGCUUUUACUCAUUCUACACUGCAGUGUGUUGAAGCUCUUUAUGAACAUGUAUAGUGCUUGCUUAUUUACUGUAGAGAAGUGGGCUUUCCUCUCCCACUGUGUUCAGGUGCUCACCCAGUAAUGAGCUGGAUCUGAAAAAGGGUGAGGAUGGGACUUUCUCUUAGAUGAUAGCUGCCAAGUGUACAUUUGUGUCCAUUUCAGCUAAGGUGGCUUUAAUGUUCUCUAAAUUUUGAGAAAAAUCAUCUGUUUCUGUUUUGGGGAGGGGAAAAUACAGUAUAAGGUGGAUUUUAAAAGGCAGCAGAUAGAUUCCUGUGCAAUCAGGGUGAUUUAAGGAUGUAAAUGGAGGCAGGAGUAAUUUAUUUUGUCAUUUUUAAUGCAGCUUCUUAUCCCUGUCCUUUCCAAGAGGAGGAAUCCUAAUAUGUGGAUUGCACCUGUGUUUCUCCCACAAGCACAAAUGCAUCAUAUGCUUUCCAUAAUCAAUUAGGAAGAAUCGUUUUAUGUUAAAAAGUUUUCUAUGUUCAGAAACAUUUUAACCAUUCUUUCUGAACAGGUCCUUGUCAGAGAGUCAAAACAAUUUAUUUAAUAUUUCCCUAGGAUGUGGACUGGGUUACAAUACAUUUUUGGCUCCUUUUUCUUUCAUGAUGGGUCCUGCCUCAUGCCAUAGGUGUGCCAGACAGCUUUUGCUAAUAUAAAUUAUCAGCAUAGAUUUUCUUUAAUAUAGAAGAAUCUCGUGUGUGAGGACUUUACUGUCAUACUGAUGUGCCAUAAUAUGGAGUCAUUAUGCCUACACCAGGUUGAUGUAAUGUGGGGUUUGUUAGGCUUCUUUCCUUGGUAACUUCCAAUGUAUUGAAAUAGAUCAGCACAAUGGUUGAAUUUGGCCUUAAAAACAUUGUCAUGUAAUUGUGGUAAUGUUUUUCUUGCUACAUUGUCAAGUGGAUUGCUUGCUUUCAGAGAAGAAGAGGAGAAACUACUAUAAAAACAACCGUGAAUAGCAAAAAUAAUAUAUCGACACACGUAUAUGGCAACAGAAUUUCAGAUGUUGCAAAUGUUGCUUAACCUUGCUGGUUGUGUUUCAGCUCAAAUCCUGUAGAUUUUCUGCUUGUUCUGCAUAGUACUUUUUCAUUCUAAAUUUGGGUAUAGAAAUUGUCAAAGAGCUUUCAGUCUUAAUUCAUGACAUUAAUAGGUAAGAACAUUUUCAAAUGGGCUCUUUUUAAAGUACCACUCAUGUUUUUGGAAACAAAGCAGUGUUUAGCAAUAGCUUUAUGUGGAGGAGGCCUCUGAUUCACAGCAAGGGGUUAAAGGAAUCAUGUAGCAAGUGAUAAGAAAGCUUCCACCUAAUUUAGAGCAAGUAUGCCAUUUAGAGUAAGUAUGGUACAUUUGUCAAAAACCAGUUUGGUCUUGUGCAAAUUAGCUUGCUGUGCUCUCCUUUAUGCCCUUAGCUCUCUGAGAGGAAAAUACUAAACUACUGGUCUUUCUUUCUGAGGCACAAAUAGCAGAAGGAAAAGAUAUGACUUAGGCAACAUGUACUCUUGCUUUAGCAGAAUACCUUUUUUAGGCUAGAACAGGCUGCAAACUGUCCCUGCAUCAGGCUACCAUUCGGGGAUGGGGCCUAACUUGGGAAUAAGCAUGUGCUUUAAAUGAAGAAAUCCCAGAUUCUGUUUCCAGGUGGUAUUGGGAAAGAGAUGUAUUUGAUAUCCUGGAAAACUACUGCCAGCAAUCACUAUAAACCAGUAUUUCUCAACCUCUUUAAGAGUGUGGACUUAAAGUGGACUCUCAGAAUUCCUCAGCCAGCCAUCCACACAUCUUAAAGUUGCAGAGGUUGAGAAACACUGCUAUAAACAGUACUGAGAUACAAUUAGAGAUAAGGCAGCUUCCUAUCUUCCUACACUAGUUAUACUGUUUAGCUGUCCUAGCCAAUUAAUAUUCUAUUAUUAUGACUCAUAAGAGUCAUAUAAUUUGGUAGAUCCAGAGCCUGAGUAUCUUUUAAAAUAAGCAAAUGCUUAUUUAAAAAUUAUUUUCAAGCAAAAAUAAUUGGAUGGAAAUUUGAAUAGGGCAGCCACGUUGCUCAAGUUUUAUUAUAAUCUGGCUAAUUUACUACCAACUUUUUAAAAGAGAACCAGAAUGAACUUUGCAAGCUAUAGAUACUCUUGCAGUUAAACCACAAAUUUCAGAUAGACUCAUGUUUAACAACUUGCCUGAUAGACACAUCUAGUCAGGAUUUCCAAAUAAGUUGUUGAAGCUAGUGAAAAAUGGAUCAGUAAUUUUCUCCCCUUCUUGAUGUUUGUGGUUGCAAGAAGUAUCUUCCUUGUUAGAAAUCCAUUUUUUAAAUAUUGAUCCUUCCUCUGGAACCCCCAUAAAAAUCCUGACAACCAGACAUGUAAGAGACAUGCAAAAAAAAUAUUUUGCUGGUGGUAAAGCUUUAUGCUAUUAAAGGGGCUGUGUACAUGUCUAUGCAGAAAUAAAUUCUUUGGGGAUAGUUUUGCAGCCAUAGUAUUCCUCUUACCUCUUCUGCAUCAAAAAAUUGUUUUUUUCCAUGAGUUCCAAUCUCACACUGCCAAUACUAUAGCUGCAAAUCCUGUGCUUUAUUUUUCUACAGUCAGGCCCAUAAUAGUUAAGGAAUUUUUGUGAUCUUCAUGCAUAGGAUAGUUCCAUUAGCAGUUCUGACAUGAUAGCUACCAUGUGUAACUAGCUGGAAUGUUGUUUUUCUUGAUAACUUAGGGGAAGUGAGGUACUUGUUCCUUCUUCCAACUCUGCACAGAUACACAGUACUUGAUUUUGCUGUGCCUCUAUUUCCAGAAUGAAUAUAAGUGGGAAAUUCUACCUCUACCUUGCAGGAGUGGUGUCAAGUUAGUGGAAUGUGUUUUAUUAUGAGAAUUCAUGUUGCAGGAGCCACAGGUGGGCAAAUCACUGAAAAUAAUGGCUUGUGAUUUUUAUAUCUCAGCAUCUGCCUUAGACCUUCAUUCUUAGUCACGAUUACUGAAGGCUUCUUUGCCCAGCAUCUUGCUGUUCCCCAGAAGAUGCUGGACAAAUAUUUGCAGCACCAGUAGAGUCUGCACUCUUUUUUUUUUUUUGCUGAGGGUGUGAUGUCAGAAUAAUGUAGCAAUCCUCAAAUUGAAAUGUAUAUUUUUGCUAGAAGUUUAAAUUUCAGGUGUUUUUAAUAACAAAUAGUGACUGACGUUAAAAAAAAAUAGAAAUAAAUAUUUAAGAAACUA